AUGAAGCAGGCUACCCGAACCGACAUCCACGAGAUACUCGCGCCGGUCUCGCCAUCGAGCAACAGCAACAGCAACAGCAGCAGCGGCAGCGGCAGCGGCAAAAGCGAACACGGCUCACCCCCCAGGGACUAUGACUGUUGUUGUCCGCCGUCGCCCGCAUCCCCAGACGAGACGACGCUCACCAUCGUUUCCUUCGAGCCCAACGACCCAGACAACCCCCAUAACUGGUCAACCAGAACCAAGUCCCUCAUCUUCUUGGCCGCCUUCCUCACCACCACAACCACCUCGUACUUCUCCACGCUGUCGUCCAACUUCUCGCCGCCCCUGCCGGAGUCCUUUGCCGUGCUCGACCCUUCGGGGCCGCAGAAGGUUCUUCCCGCGUCGCUUUAUCUGGCCGGGGCGCCGCUCAGUGAAUCCCCCCGUGUAGGGAGAUGGCGGAUCCUGGUGGUCGGCGCGGUGCUCUUCGUGCUCGUCUCUAUCGGGCAGGCGGUUGUGGACAGCUGGGCCGGGCUUCUGAUUCUGCGGUUCCUGGCCGGCGUAUUCGGGUCGCCGCCGGUGAGUGUCUUUGGAGGCGUGAUUGCGGACUUGUACAAGGGGGAGGUGAUCAGGGGUAGGGUGAUGAUGUACUGGUCAGCAACAACCUUCGUGGGACCGCUCGGAGCACCGAUCAUAGCCGGAUUUGCUAGCGAGAAGCUCGGCUGGCGGGCCGUCUUCUGGAUCUCGCUAUCUCUUCCGGUGGCGUCGCUGCUUUCCGUAGUCCUCAUGCCCGAGACGCUUGCGUCGACGAUCCUGAGGAAGAGGGCGGCGAGGUUGAAUAAGGAGUACGCAAACACGGGCAGGCGGUUCGUGGCUCCGGCGGAUCUCAAGCGGGAGAGCGCGUGGAUUGCAUAUAGAACGACGCUCGCCAGACCGUGGCAGCUGCUCUUCGGGGAGAUGGUGGUCUCUCUGUCCUGCAUCUAUCUGGGCUUCAUAUACGCCGUGUUCUACAUGCUGGUCCAAAUCUUCCCUGCCGUCUUCCAAGGCCUGUACGGCUUCUCCCCGGGCAUGUCUGGCAUUCUCUUCACGAUAAUGGGACUCGGCACCGCCAUCGGCAGCAUCAUCCUGCUGUGGUACGACGGGGUGGCCGUGCGUCUCGGCGCCCGACAUCCCAGCAAGAGAGAGGAGUAUCUCCGUCUCCCGCUAGCCUGCGCCGGCGGACCAAUCUUCGUCAUGUCCAUGCUGUGGCUCGGCUGGUCGGCACGGGCCGACAUCCACUGGCUGGUACCGCUGGCAUCCGUGGUGCCGUACGGGGUGGCAUACCACUUGAUCUACGUGGCCAUUGUCAAUUACGUCGCCGACGCAUACGGCAUCUACUCUGCCUCGGCGCUCGCGGCCAUGAGCAUGACGCGGAGCGUGGCGGGCACGCUGCUCCCGCUGGCAAUCGAGGACAUGCUCGCGGCGCUGGGGAUCGGUUGGUCAUGUACGCUGCUGGCCGGCACCAGCGCCCUGCUGGCGCUGGUGCCGUUUGGCUUCAUCGCCUACGGGGAGAGGAUCCGCGCCGCGAGCCGGUUCAGCACGACGCUCAAGCUCGAGGCAGGUCAGGACGGCAGCGACCUUGGCCGGGUGACAAGCUUGCCCGCGGUAUAA